AGUGGAUGGUCUGUUGUUAGCUUUGCUAGCAUAGAGGCACAUAGCUUCCACUAUCACCUAGUUAUGUUUCAUGUUAUCACCUGUUAUGUCGUGUAACUAAUAUGGAACCGCUGUUAAACGGCUCGGUGCUGAGAAAUAGAAAGAAAGGAGCUGAAAACGUCUCAAGACCUCAAGUUUGACCUCACGUGGGUGCAGUUUAUCACACCAUGUUGGUAACAGCAUAUUUUGCCAUCACUGUCCUGCUUGCCCUGUGUGUUGGCCUCGAGCUCACAGCACGCCGCCUCACCCCACCUCAGCCGACUCCUACUGCUACAGCCAACCCAGCCUUCCGUCGCUUCCAGAGUAUAUUUCUCCGGGCAUACCUUUUGGCUUUGUGGGCAGACUGGCUCCAGGGUCCUUACCUCUACAAACUCUACCGCCACUACAGCUUCCUGGAAUCUCAAAUAGCCAUCUUAUAUGUCUGUGGCCUGGCCUCCUGUGUUCUGUUUGCUCCUUUUUCAGGCUGGCUCCCUCAAGUUUUGGGCCGCAGACAGACAUGUCUUCUCUUCUGCCUGUCCUACGCUGCUUGUUGUCUCACCAAGCUGUCCAGAGACUACUUUGUGUUGAUUGUGGGCCGUGUACUGGGGGGUUUGUCCACAUCCCUGCUGUCCACCACAUUUGAAGCCUGGUAUGUGCACCGUCAUGUAGACGUCCACGAUUUUCCCAAGGAGUGGAUCCCCAGUACCUUCACCAAAGCUGCGACCUGGAACCAUGCGCUCGCUGUGGGAGCAGGGCUGGUGGCUAACAUGCUGGCCGAGUGGCUCCACCUGGGGCCAGUGGCUCCCUUUCUCCUGGCUGUCCCCUGCUUAGUUUGCUGUGCCUGGGUGGUGCUAACAGAUUGGGGCAAGGAAGAGGCUGAAGGAGGUCCUGAAGGGGACAAACAGACACGGCUCCUUGGCGCUCCAAAUGGAGGUGUGACACGUAUGUCUGCAAAAGCCCGGUUCUCACGCAGCUGCCAUGAAGGGCUGCGCUGCCUGCUGUCAGACAGGAGAGUCAUGCUCUUGGGUGGAGUGCAGGCUCUGUUUGAAAGUGUCCUCUACAUUUUUGUGUUCCUGUGGACCCCAGUACUGGAUCCUCAUGGGCCUCCUUUGGGGAUAGUGUUCUCUUGUCUCAUGGCUGCCAGUAUGGCUGGUUCCUUGCUGUACCGCCUAGCCACCUCCACACGCUACCGUCUACAGCCUGGCCACGUGCUCUGCUUGGCUGUUCUGAUGGCUUUCUUCUCUUUCUUCAUGCUAACCUUCUCCACUGCCCCGGGCCAACCUAGACCUCAUGAAUCCUUUCUGGCCUUCCUGCUGCUGGAGCUGGCCUGUGGCCUUUACUUCCCUGCCGUCAGUUUUCUCCAGGGCAGGGUGAUCCCAGAGGAGAAACGGGCAGGUGUGCUGGCCUGGUUCCGGCUGCCUCUGCACCUGCUAGCCUGCCUAGGGCUGCUGGCGCUCCACGGGGAGGUAUCAGGGACAGGUGGAGGGGAAGGUGGCAGCGGUACCAGACAUAUGUUCGGAGGUUGUGCAGUCAUGAUGCUGGCAGCUUUGAUGGCUGUCGUCAGUCUGUUCACCCUGGGCAGGAAUGACACAGACCUGAGACUGGAGGGAGCCAGAGGGGAGGGGGAGAUGUUCUGAAGAGACGGACCACAAAUCAAUUUAUUGUUUGACUGUUUUCAUUAAUCUAUAUUUUGCCAAAUGUAUCAGUGAAGGAAAUCAAAGUCCUAAUGGAUGUUUUGGUAGAUUAAAAUUAAAAUGAAUUUCAAUUUUUAUAUGCUCAUCUUGUUACAUUGUUAAUUUUCUGGGAGAUAGUUAAUCUAAAUAUUAAUCCUGUCUGUGUUACUAUGUUUUGGGAAUAUGGCCAUAUCUACCUUCAUUUGUCAACUAAAUUGCUGGGAACUUUGCUAGCUAUGUACAUGAUCAUUCCAUUAACUCUUCAAGAUAAUACGCUAUUGCCUCAAUGUGUCCACCCACAGGGAGAUGGGAUGAUGUUGAUGUGUUUGACAGAAUAUAAUGAAUUUCACCUGUCAGUAUCCCCACAUGGAUCGGUAAUGCUGAAGUUUCAUCAUAUGUUUAAAAUCAGAUAUGAACAGAUGUACGUUUACAGAAAGCUGCAUUAAUAUCCAAAGAAAUAAGGUCACGACUAGCAUGUAGACCGGUAUCUGAAUGUCAGUUCUUUCAGUACUACUUGUAUGUUGUUGUUUUUUCAGCAUCUGUGUAUUUUUAUUGAAAAAAGCAAUAUACAGUAGGCCAGUUUUACACUGAAUGCUUUUGAGGUCUACAGAAUAUUUUCUCUGUAUUAUUUGAACAUUUCUCUAGCCUUUCAUGUUCUUAAAUAAAAGUGCACAUUGAACAGAA